AUGUUCUUCGAGUACUGCUGGGAAGUACUUCUCAAAAUCGCAACAUACUCGCCUCUUCUCGAUUCGAGUAGCUACACUUCGCAGCAGCCUUUUGUUGUUCCUCAGAAUGCACACGACAACAAUGAGCUCGCCCCACUGGCAGGGCCAUCGUUCAAGGUCGCUGGAACUAACUUCGUUUGCAACUAUCCUCGAAUGAAUGGCUAUCGAUCAUGCAAUAGUGCUAAAGGCCGGGACUGCUGGCUUAGAUCUAGCGAUGCGAAGAACAUCACCUACGACAUUCAUACUGAGUACGACACUCCAGGUGAUAACUUUACGCCGACUGGAGUCAUUCGGGAAUACUGGCUCGAUGUCGAUCUCCAGCCAAUCGCUCCUGAUGGGUACUUGAAAAGCCUCGGCCAAGUGUUCAAUGGCACAUAUCCAGGACCUCAUCUUGAAGGCUGUUGGGGUGACACCUUUGUUGUCCACGUUACGAACAAGAUCCCAAACCUAGGCACGACGAUUCACUGGCAUGGCAUUCGCCAAUUGCAUACAAAUCAGCAAGACGGUGUCAAUGGUGUAACUCAGUGCCCGAUUGCCUACAACGAAACAUACACGUACCGUUUCCACGCUCAGCAGUAUGGACAUACGUGGUACCACAGCCACUAUCAGACUCAGUACUCCGACGGCGUUGCUGGACCACUCACCAUCUACGGACCAAGCAGCGAUGAUUGGGACGAAACCUUCACGCCGGUCAUGAUGCAAGACUGGGUUCACGAGAACACUUCCGUCGCGUUCAAGCAAGAGCUUGCCCAAGCUAUACCAAUCGCAGAUAGUCUGCUCCUUGGAGGCGUCAACCAGUUCAAAUGCUCCAGCUUGGACCCGAAAUGCUGUGUCGGUUGCAACCGGGCGACCUGCAAUAUCAAUGAGGGCGAGAAUCCGGAAUUCUGUUGUACUCCCGAUCCAGGAUGCUUCAAGACUGUCAAUGGAGUGAAAACUAUCCAAGGUGGCGGCAGAUUCAACAAAACUUUCGAAGAAGGCAAGCGGUACUUGCUCCAACUGAUUAAUGCCUCCUCGGAGUCCAUGUUCAUCUUCGCCAUCGAUGAUCAUGAUCUCCAGGUUAUCCAAGCCGAUUUGGUCCCUAUCGUCCCUUACACCACCGACUCAGUCUUUGUUGCUAUUGGACAACGAUAUCAAGUCAUAGUCACGGCCAAACCGAAGAAGAAGUCAAGACUCUGCGUGCAAGAUGUGAGGAGUUGUAAUUACUGGAUCCGAACUCGAAUUGCUUCUGGCUGCGGCACCGUCGCUCAAGAUAACGAAGAGACAGGGAUUAUUCAAUACUCUCCAAACAGAUCCGGCAACCCAGAGACCAUUUCUGGCAACGAUCGAGAAGCCUGCCAAGACGAACCGGUCGACAAGCUGCGGCCUGUCGUGCGAUGGAACGCUGCCGACCUGCGCAAUAAUCGAGACAAUUACACCUUUGAUGCUGCUUUCGACAACGUCACAAAUCAUGGUGCAUUCAGAUGGGAGCUUUCCGAGAAACCCUUGUUUCUCAAUUAUUCUGACCCCAGCAUUUUGAACGUCAACGAUGCGAGUUUCUUCGCGGAUCCUAAUGUCGCUGCGGUCAAUUACACGAAUCAUGCUUGGAACGACGGAUUCGUCUAUCUUGUCAUCACAGCUGGAAAUGUUCUCAACAUACCGGGAAAGAGAGGAGUGCCUGCUGCGCACCCCAUUCAUCUCCACGGCCACGACUUCGUCAUCCUCGCUCAAAUCGAUCGACAGUGGGACGGGACUGUCCCAGCGAUGAAUACCGAUAAUCCUACUCGUCGCGAUACAGCGUUGCUUUAUGCUGGUGGCUAUCUUGCUUUGGCUUUUAAGCUUGAUAAUCCUGGAAUCUGGCUCGUACACUGCCACAUUGCAUGGCAUGCUUCGAGUGGUCUUGCACUCAACAUCAUCGAGCGCCAAGACGAAAUUGUGGGAAGCAUUGGCUCCCUUGACGCUACACGCGAUACAUGUGCUGGUUGGGAGAGGAUGAAUUUGAAGUUCGAGCAGGAAGAUUCUGGGAUCUAA